AUUCACUUGACGUUAAGGUGUAGGAACGCAGUGUUUUGUUUUGGCCUACGACGACGUGUACGACGACGUACGUACAUCAUGUGUGGGGCCGGGUAUCCGGUAUCGUUGUUUUGAUUGGUUGCAAGUUUAAUGUAGGCUACCUUUUUGAGCAACGUGGAAGUAAUGACAGCAAAUUUGAAACUUUGAUGUGAAUUGGUCUCUGAGUUAUAACUAUAAAUACCAAAGAUGAGAAGGAGACAAAAACCAUUUUGGCAGAUUAACCUGAAGAGCCAAUUAAAAUGGCAGUUGAUUCUACUUGUACCACCGGUCAUAACUUUCAUUGGUUUGAUGCUGUACAUCAGUAAUUCAUACAUUUCCACCGACUGUGCAUGUCCAAAUUCAGCUUUGCUGCAAAAUGAAGAACAUAAACAAAUGCUGAGUGCAUUUCUUGUGGUGCUUAUUAUGACUGGCCCAAAUUUUUUUGAAAACAGGCAAACGAUUAGAGAAACGUGGUUUAGUAGUCACGCAGAUGGUGUGCUUCUCAGAUUUGUCAUCGGAGCUGCCAACCUUCCUGAUGACAAAAUAGUGGCAUUAACAACUGAAAAUAAUGAGCACCAAGACCUGCUACUUUUAACGAACCUUGAGGAUUCCUAUUAUGCACUAACUUCUAAACUUAUUUCUAUGUAUGAAUGGUUAGAUCGAAAUGUUGAAUAUUCAUACGUUUUGAAAGCUGAUGACGAUACGUUUGUCCAGUUGAACUUACUUUUAGAAGAACUGAAAGAAAAACCGCUUGAAGAGUUUUACUGGGGUUUCUUUGAUGGGCGGGCCCAUGUGCACUACGCAGGAAAAUGGGCCGAAAAGGAAUUUAAACUCUGUGAUCGAUACAUACCGUAUGCAUUAGGAGGAGGAUAUGUGCUUUCCAAGGAUCUUGUUAACUUUGUAGCGCGAAAUUCAAAGAAUUUGAAGAGAUACAAAGCAGAAGAUGUUGCGCUUGGAUCGUGGAUUGCCGCUAUAAAUGUCAACAGAGUUCAUGACCCCAGAUUUGACACGGAAUAUAAAUCUAGAGGGUGUAGUAAUGAGUACCUUGUCACACAUAAACAAAGCCAAGAAGAAAUGCGAAGUAAGCAUUACAAUCUUCAAACAACAGGAAAAUUAUGUCGAACUGAGGUACAAACUAGGAUGUCUUAUAUUUACAACUGGGAUGUUCUACCCUCUAAAUGCUGUGAAAGGAAAGAGGGCAUACCAUGAACUUAUUUUAACAUAUUAUUACAAGGGUGCUAUUUGUUUUAAUAAAUUUUUGUAUUCAUUUUUUUCCCCUUUUCAUUAAAGCCACACUCUAGGUUGGCGGAAGUAUUUAAAUGUAUUUUGUCUUUAAUUGGAUCUUUUUCAAUUCCUAUUCAGCAAUAAUAUAUCGAAAAAUAUAUUUUAUACAAGAUAAUUCAUGCGCAAAAUUAAUAUUUUAAGAUAAAUAACUAAAAAACAAGCUGUGUCAUCACAAGGUUACAAUGCAAUCAAUACCACACCCUAAAAUUUAUUAACUCUGAUUUUUUGCAGUUUUUAAAUUUAUUUUAUAAAGUAUAAUGUAAAUGCACAUUAAAAGAUUUUAUUACAGCUCAA